AUGAACAUUGGGCUGGGCAGGUCCUACACGGAAGGGCCAUACACACUUGAAACAAUGAAAAUCGCCAGCUUCCCAACCAAUGGGAAAGGGGACUCUUCGAUGCUACAGCGUCGCACCGAGGCCGGAUCAGCCAAGGCAAGUCGGCGAGAACGUGUGGAGGAGGAAGACGAGACGAUGACGACGAGGACGACAAGCGGACAGGCCGCGAGGCCAGGAAAAGCGAGAAAGACGAGAGACACGAAGAGGAACGACGAGAGGGGAACGUCGGCAGAACGGCCACAGGGCACGGAGGAAGAAGCCGCGCGCCAGUAG